AUGGCAGUUGCAAUUUCUCAAGCGGUGUUGCAGCACCGUCAAUCAGUCACAUUCCCAAUUCCAAAUUCUGAUAAUCUAAUACGCUUCAAGCGUUUCAGGGUCACCGGCAACAUGAUCAGCGGUGCCGCCCAACAGCAUAAAAAGCGGUUGGUACCGCUAAAGAAAACCGAUGCUAUGUCAAGCGCCGAAAGGCGCAAUGCAAAAAUUCUUGACGAAAUCUGGAAGAGUGGCACCGACUGCUUUCAGGUUGUACCAUCUGGGGGCGUUGGACUGGAUGGAGAACCGUUGUUUUUGAGGCUGAAUAUCGGUGGAACUGGCUACUUACUGCUCGUUGAUGCUAUACUUCGCGCAGAGCCGUCUGGAUUUCUCGCAAAAUUUGUUCAGCUCAAUCACGUGACCAGGUUAAAGGUGGCCGAUGCAUACAUCGCCUCAGAGGAUGCCUACUACUUCCAACGAUCGGCGCACGCUUUCGACGCCAUUUUUCAGUACUACGCAACCGGUGUUAUACAUCGGCCACCCGAAGUAUGUCCAGCGGCAUUCCUUUCGGAAUUAGAUUUCUGGCGAAUUUCCUAUCAUCACGUUGGCUCAUGCUGUGCCGAUAUAAUACCAAGGGAUAAAAGCGAAGAGAAGGAGGAGGAAAAGGUUGACGAUACAACAUUCAAUAACUUAAUGUUCGGAAGGGUUCGACGAAGAAUGUGGACAUUUCUGGAGAAGCCUGGCUCAUCGAUGCAGUCAAAAGCCUUCGAAUUAUCUUCAACACUUUUUGUCGCUAUUUCUGUUAUGGGGCUCAGUUUUGGUACCAUUCCCGACUUCCAGGUGACCCACUACAUGGCGCCACAUAACGAAACAAUAGUAUUACCAAAUGGAACGGUAACGGUGGUUGAAAAGGUCGAAGAAAUGCGUGUCGAGCAUCCGGCAUUUGUUUUUACUGAACGGAUAUGCAUAGCCUUCUUCACGGUUGAGUAUUGUCUACGAAUAUUCGCUGCACCACGAAAACUGCGCUUUGCAUUGAAACCACUGAAUUUGGUGGAUCUAAUGGCUAUUGUUCCAUUCUAUUUGGAACUACUGCUAACGCUCUGUGGUGUGGAUGAUAAGAAACUACGUGAUUUACGAUGGGCGUUUCUGGUUGUUCGUAUACUACGGGUUCUUCGAGUGAUACGUAUCAUCAAGUUGGGAAGGUUCAGUUCGGGUCUGCAGACGUUUGGAAUGACUUUGCAACGCAGUCAGAAACAGUUACAAAUGAUGACAAUCGUUCUGUUGACUGGCGUUGUUUUCUUCUCAACGAUGAUUUAUUUUCUCGAAAAGGACGAAGAAGGCACUCCUUUCACCAGCAUACCAGCCGCGUAUUGGUGGUGUAUUGUGACAAUGACGACGGUUGGUUAUGGUGAUGCAGUACCAGCAACUACGAUGGGCAAAAUAAUCGCAUCAGCAGCAAUAAUGUGUGGAGUAUUGGUGUUGGCGUUACCGAUUACGAUUAUAGUGGAUAACUUCAUAAAAGUAGCACAAGACGAGCAACAAACUGAGCAAGCUAAGACCGAAUUUGCACGACAAGAACAAGCUAUUGAAUCAAUGUUGCACAGAGAUGAUGACUGA